CUGCAGUGAUCUGCAGCAAUCUGCAGUGAUCUGUCAUGUACAGAAAUUAUGCGCGUAGAUGAAUUUUUAAAGCAACAAGAGUAGCUGUAACUAUCAUGUUUUGCAGAACUAUACCGUUCCGUUUUAUAUUUCCUAAGAAAAGAGCUUUGUAUUUUGUACAGUAUGCAGGUGUCUCGUCACAUAAUUUUAUUUGUAAUGAAAUUGUCACAAAUCUGGUAAGCGGGUCUACGAGGUUAGCUCCGACGUACGAUCAGACUUUUUUGGUUACAAAACGGUUUAAAUACGAUAAAAGGGUGACAAAAAAGGAAGAGGAGGAAGAUGAAGAUGAAUCCGAGGACAUUGACGAGGCCAUUGAUAUUCCUUUAAGUAAAAGUUCCAAAGUACUAAAAACUACAGUACCUUCUGCACGAGCUGAUGCUGUUCUUAAAGCUGGACUCAAUACAUCUCGCUCGAAUGUGGAGACUGCUUUCUACGAAAGUUGUAUUCGAUUAAACGGAAGCAAACUCUUGAAAAAGAGUGAACUGGUAAAGCCAGGUGAUCAACUUGAUUUAAUUAAAGGUAGGAAUCUGCAAAAUCCUGACUUUCUAAAUGUCGACCGCAUCGAAAUUGUGUCAAUGGAUUCAACCAGUAACGGCUUCAAAGUGAAAUUGGUCAGAGACAAAGGAUUAGUUAUAGAGAAUUACGAUGAUCCUUGGAAAUCUACUACAAUCUAAUCUACUCAUGUUAAAUAUAUUAAGUUUCUUAAAUAUAUAGUGUAUCACAUCAAAUGUA